AUGGAUGGAUGGGCAAGAAAGAGAGAGAAAGCCGCGUUCGUCAGUGUGUCUAUCAGAUCCAAUCACGAUGAUGAUGCUGUGCUCCCACCGCACUGCACUCGUCCCAGAGAAGAAAUUAAAGAGCCCUUGUCAAACCAAACCAGAAAGGCAGAAAUGGGGAAAACCCCAGCCAACAGCCCGCCAACAGCCCGAAAGGAACUGCAACCGCAGCCGGGCUUGCAGCCUCAGUCGGGCCCCCUUGCGUCUGAGGCCUUUUUGGAUCGGCGGCGGACCGGCGGUUUAUGGACACAGCGGGCUCAGCAGCUUCGCAAUCCUGGCAAGCCUGGCAUCUGGCCGCUCCUCGAACAAGCAGCGCUGCUCCAAACGCUUCAGCUCGGCCGACUAGCGACCACGGACGGGCAGCGAGAGGCGCCAUUUGCAUCGUCUCUGGCGUCUCUGAUGCCGCCGCCUGCGUCCCGAUACUCUGGGCUCCCGGCCGUCGCCGCCAUCGACGCUCAUCAUCGUACUCUCUUGUACAAGCUCCUUCGUCACUCUCACCCCCGUGCCCGCUCUUUCGCUCCUGCCCCCUCGGAGACGCUCCUGGGGGCCUUUGAUCCAGUGGAAACACGUCCAGCGUGUCUGUGUCUGUCUUUGGCUGGUCCUCGAGCCUUGACGUGUGCAACACACCCUCCUGCGUUACAUGUACGAGUACGAUACGCUGCCGCAGCCAUGGAGACGGCCGUUGUGAGCUUACGCUCUCCUGACAUUUCCGCACGGGCCCCAUCCAGAGCAAAGCGAAAGUGGGCAGACGACGGCGACACGGCCUCCAAUGGUACGACCUCAGCUGUCCGGCCCCGAGCCCGAGCCAAACUCAAUGAGCCCAAAGGAGGCAUUCGGUUGGCAGGUCCAUCUCGCACGGAUGCGGUAUAUGCGCCAUCAUCAACAGGCUCUGCUUGUGCAGCCACCAAAACACAACAACCUGGAGUGGUGGCGGGCCUAUCAAGCCCCGGGCGAGUACUGGUACAUGGCGAGCCCGUAGCCAUCCCGCAACCUCAACCCCAGGCCUAUCCAGAUUCUCAGCUGCAUAGCAGCACUCUGUCAGGCCACUCUUCCCUCGCCAAAGAUUGCUAUGCCGGGACUAUUUCUCGCCAGGACAGCGAUGCCAUGUCGAUCGCUUAUACCACUGAACCUACGGCAUACAGUCACUACUCCACCACGUCUGCGACUUCUAGCCCACAUUUCCAGCAAAACCAUUGGCCUGUUCAAGGCCAGCAUGGCGAUGCCCUCGGCCAGUCUCAGAAUCGUCAAGUACCAUUGAGUUUGCCUCCCCAGUCUGUGUCACUGCAAUCGACUCAAGCCAAUGGCGCAGUGUAUCGGGGGCACCCAGUCUCACCGCAGCAACCGGGCCAGUCAAGCCAAGAUAUCGGUACCAACCUCGCAGCGCCCUAUCCAACUGGGCAUUCAUUUCCGCCAGCCUUUCCGAAUCAUUCUGUUGUUGUCCAAUAUAAUUUCCAGUAUCCGCCAUAUCCUCUUCCUCCCCAUUACUUUCAACAGUGCGUACCACACCAAGCAACUGGGCAACUUCCCAUCCAGGCGCCACAAGGAUAUCCCUACCACGGCCCGCAGUAUAAUACGUCGCACAUCUCAGCGGAUACCAAACAACUUGGGCCUUCCCUUUUGACGCCUGUGCAAUCAGUGGUUGAAAGAUCCCAAUUGCCCGAGAAUCAUCAACAGGCUUACCCGUUACAGCAGCCUAGUCGUCAAUACUCCAUUAUUGCUACAAUGGACAGCACCAUGUAUCCUGGGCCUGAAGCUGAGGCAAGCGAAGUUAUUCACGUCCAAGAUGACGUCUCGUAUGAGCAUCACACGCACAUGACCGAAGCCGCUGAGUGGCAAAACCCAGUGAAUUACAUCACUGGCGAGACUCAUGAAACUGGCGAAUUUGGUGAUGACAACUCUGAUGCUUCUGGAAUUUCUGAUACCAUGGAUAUCCAAUGCGAUGUGCAUGAUGACAGCGAAGUACAAGAUGACUCGCUGGGAACAGGUGAGAGACCGCAGGAGCUGGCGCCAUCUAUAUCUAUGAAAGAGGAGGAUGCUGCAUCGUCUUCGAUUUCAAAACCGAAGCGAGGUCAACUGAGCCCUACUCAUCGAAAGCAAACUGCAGAGACGAGAAAGAUUAAGGCGUGUACACGAUGCCGAAUGCAAAAGAUGCGGUGUCAAGUGGACACGAAUGACCCAUCGGGAGACUGUGUAGGAUGCAAGACCUUUUCAAAGACGUCGAAGAAGACCAUCCACCGAAUGCCGUGCUAUCGCGGAAAGAUUACAGAUGCAGUCUUGUUCCGUGCCGGAGGGCUCGAGCUUACUAAACGCUGGAAAGGCACAGAGAUGAAGGAUGUUGGAGACCGAGUCAACCCGAAGGACGUCCGCACCGUUCUCUUUACUCUGGGCAUAUGCAAAGAGGAGGUCAAGAUUGAAGUAGUCCAUUUCAGGCCGCAGUCUGGGGACGUGACUGCGAGGUUCUGGAUGGAUGGUGAGCAGGGGGUGCGAAAGAAGAAGGAUCUAGCGCACUAUUGCCUGGCUAACAUUCAGAAAACGGCAUCGUAUUUUGAAGACUACAUCAGGAGGAAUGCAGUGGAAGUUAUAUUCAAUGAGAGGGCAGGUGGGAGUGACGGGGCUGGAGACAUUCUCGAGUCGACGUACGCUUAUGCAGUUCGUCGUUUCCAACUUCUCCGAAGAAAACCGGCACUUCCUGGCAAGGAGGAGAGAGAACUCAAUCUCUUGGGCAACUUGUUCAUCCUUUGGUUUGCCAUGCGCCACUCGACUGGGUCUUCAUGGAUCCAGGGCAAGGAACUGUUGGGGAUGAAACCCGAAAUAAGGGACGAGACAUACCCGCUGUUUAAAAGAGUUUCGGUACCACGCAUGAUCCUUGCGCAGUUUGACAGUAUCAACUACACCCGAAUUCUCACCAAAUACGGAAAGUUUGUCCUCACUGAGCUCGAGUCUCUCAUGUCGCGAAACCAGCCAGAAUAUUUCUUUUUGGUUUAUGUCUGCCUGUUUGUCCUUUUGCGAGAGGCGAGCUGGACAAGCGCAGACCGCUACCGCCACGCACGGAAUAACCACGGCCAGAGUCAUUGGCACUAUUAUAAUGCCAAGUCGUGGCCCAAGCCCAAUGAAGCGGCUGAUAGGUUCAAUACUCAUCUGGCCCACAUUGAAGCGGCAGAAUAUAACCUUAUGAUGAAAGCGCUUACCGAUCCUGCAGUGCAGCAACAACUGGAUAUUUGGAGACAUUACAAAGCAGAUAAUGGCCAAAUGAAACAACCUGCUCCAAGCAAUGUUGGAGGGAGGCCGUACGAGGGGCGCCAGGUCUUUUACGACUGGGAUCACCCCUUCUAUUGGGUUUCACAGUUAUUUGAAGAGAAUUGGCAGCCACAUGCCACUUACCGGGCAGAAUCCGUAGAUCCGCUAGCCAGCUGUGGGAUUCUGGACUGGGUAUGGACGUUUGAUAUUCUGUGGGUUAAGAUUGAACACGACCCAAUUGAGGCCAGUUGGCAAAGAUUGAUUUGCCUUUGA